UUGUUCACGCAGUAGUCCGCAGCAGGUUGGGCCUUCGUAACUCAGUUUUGCGGUGGCAGUGAUUGCGCCAGGACGCAGCUACACAGCGGCCUCUACAUCAGUCACACUCGGCAGCAGUGGUCUAGGCUAACUCGACCUUUACCUACCUCUACCUCCAGCACCACACAUGACUAUAACAGAAAGGUAGCCAGAGAGAUGUCUAUGCCCAACGCUCCCCCGCCCUCGUACAACCUGCAUGAUCUCAAGACCUCUUCAGUAUUAGAGCUUACAUCAAAUGAAAUAACGCACCACAGUGAAAAAAUACGAGAGAAAAAUGCUCCCAGGGAAGGCAAACUUACAACAUCGGAUGUUGGCGCGCUGGUACACAUCAUCAAGAGCAGCAUGGGCUCUGGGUUCUUGGCGAUGCCCAGCGCCUUCCACAACAUCGGGCUGUUGAUGGGACUGGGCAGUACGGCGUUCGUGGCGCUCAUCUGCACCCACUGCACUCACAUUGUGGUAAAAUGUUCACAAGAGCUGUGUUACCAAAGGAACCUAGAGUUUAUGAGUUAUACCGACACCGUGGAGUGGGCCUUCAAACUUGGAGCGAGUCGGAGGUUCAGCAAGUGGAGUGAUUUCAUGAGAGCAGUUGCCAACUUCUUCAUGUUCAUCACAUACUAUGGUGUUAACACAGUCUACGUCAUACUCAUAGCUACUACAUUUAAACAGUUGGUGGAGGAUCAUUGGGAUCUCAAUUUGAAUAUCCGUGUGUACGUCCUCGCCCUGACAGUGGUUCUGCUGCCUGUCGGAAUCGUCCGGCAUAUGAAGUUCCUUGUGCCAUUCAGUGCCAUUGCCAACAUCUUCCUCUUAGUCGGCUGCACGCUAACUCUCUACCUCUGCUUCUUCGACCUGCCUCCUCUCUCCUCCAGGCCGAUGAUAGUCGAUGUGGCACGGUGGCCUCUCUUCUUCUCCACAGCUCUCUUUGGGAUGGAGGGCAUUGGAACUGUGAUGCCGAUAGAGAACGCGAUGCGGAAACCGGGCCACUUCCUGGGUUGUCCGGGAGUCCUCAAUAUCGGUAUGACUGUAGUCGCUUCCACUUUCCUGGUCGUGGGCGCCGUUGGAUACGUCAAAUAUGGAAACGACGUUCAAGGAAACAUUACUCUCAACCUUCCUCAGGACGCAUUGUCAGAGUCCGUCAAGAUUCUGGUGGCACUAGCGAUCCUGUUCACCUAUCCCCUGCAGUUGACUGCAUCCAUGGAGGUGGUGUGGCAGGGGAUCUGCGACAAAUUCUCAGAGGAAAACCAAGAUAAAGCCUAUUACUUCACGAGAGCUUUGAUGAUUCUCGGCACUGUUGUGAUAGCGAUCGUCUUGCCCAACUUGAGUCCAGUACUGUCUCUUGUGGGCGCUAUCGGGUUCUCCGGCCUCGGUUUGCUGUUGCCAACCGUGGCGGAGGUGGUGACAUAUUGGGACCACAUCAGCAAACCUUUCGGCCUCACCAUCAUCAAAGCUGCAAUCCUAGUCGUGCUCUGGGCCUUGGCCACGGUUUGUGGCACUUUCUCCAGCAUCCAAGAGAUUGUGGAAGAGUACAGCUUUUGACAAUAAUAUACGCUUUUUUACCAAAUAA